ACACACACACACACACACACACACACACACGGUUCCAGUUUUUUGAAGCAGAUGUGAAGCAGAUGAGUUUAAUGCAGGAAUGAAAGGAGCAUGAUAGGAAUUCAGACUCGAAAAACUACGUAGAAACUAACAGUCGCGCUACGCAGCAUCCAGCCUAAACCAUCAUCACCAUGUCUGGUCAAGGUGCCACCCCAACUCCAUCUCCUGCUCCCCCUGCUCCCACGGGACCCCCACCGAAGGUGACAAACCGCGGCCGUACCGCAGUUUCCAUCUCCAGCUCCAACUCGGACUCUAUAGACGUACCUGAGUUUGAGCCCUUCGGUUUACCGGGCCCAAGAGGAUUUCCACCAAUGACUGAGUAUCUUGAUAUCUGGGAAGUGGACAUGAUGAAGAGACCCGAAGAGCUGAACAAGAAGCAACACCACACCGAGUUGUUCAACUCAGACUAUCUAAUUGUCCGUCGAGGACAAGAGUUCCAGGUCGAGAUCACCUUCAACCGUCCCUACAAUCCUGCUGCAGACAAGUUUGCUGUGGAGUUUGUCAUCGGCUCCAGCCCGCAGUUCAGCAAAGGCACCUAUAUUCCUGUCUUCACUGCCAAGGAGCGUCCGAGCCCCUGGGAAGGCCGCAUCACAGACACCGGCGACAACACAGUCACCAUGGGCAUAACUCCUGCGGCAGAUUGUGUUGUGGGGAAGUACCACAUGUACGUAGCUGUGGUGACGCCCUUCGGCAUCCGCAGGACCAGACGGGACAACAGCCGAGACCUCUACAUCCUCUUCAAUCCCUGGGUGUCAGCUGAUGCUGUGUUUCUGGAUGAUGAGGAAGAGAGGCAAGAGUGUGUGAUGACUGAGAUGGGGAUCAUCUACCACGGCGCCUACGACGACGUGGCUGAGAGAAAUUGGAACUAUGGACAGUUUAACUAUGGAGUCCUGGAUGCCUGUCUGUACAUCAUGGACCGGUCUGAAAUGCCCAUCAUCAACAGAGGAGACCCCAUCAGGGUGACCAGAAAGGCCUCUGCUAUGCUGAACUCUCGUGAUGACGACGGCGUGCUGGUGGGGAACUGGAGCGGCGACUACACCUACGGAGUGGCGCCUACUUCUUGGACUGGCAGCACAGACAUCCUGCUUAGCUACGCCAACAGCAAGAUGCCUGUCUGCUACGCUCAGUGCUGGGUCUACGCUGCUGUCUUUAACACCUUCCUGCGCUGUCUGGGCAUCCCAUCGCGAGUUGUCACCAACUUCUACUCCGCUCACGACAACGAUGGAAACCUGAAGACCGACAUCAUUCUGGAUGAGAACGGCAGGAUCGACCGCGCUCGCACCAAAGACUCUAUCUGGAACUAUCACUGUUGGAAUGAGUGCUACAUGUCCAGACCAGACCUCCCGCCUGGCUUUGGAGGCUGGCAGGUUGUGGAUGCAACACCACAGGAGACCAGCGAUGGCAUGUACAGAUGUGGUCCUGCAUCAGUUAAGGCCAUAAAACAUGGGCAGAUAUGCUAUCCAUUUGAUGCUGCCUUUGUGUUUGCUGAGGUCAACAGUGAUGUGGUGUUUUAUUCCCGGAGUAAAGAUGGGACCAUGGAGCCUGUCAAAGUGAACCGGACUCAUGUUGGCCGCAUGGUUGUGACCAAAACUCCAGGAGACGUGACCCGCCGCGACAUCAGCGACCAAUACAAGUUCCCUGAAGGCAGUACAGAGGAGCGGACCGUCCUGGAGAAAGCAGAAGAAUACGGCUGUCAGCGAGAGAAAUCCAACCCUCCUGUGGCGGAUGUUGACCUGGUCUUGCCCACCCUGGAGAUCGGCAUGGGCGAAACUUUCGAGCUGAGCCUGGAGUUCAUAAACCGCAGCACCCAGCGCCGCACCGUGGACGCCUACAUCAGCGGGAGCGUGGUGUAUUACACCGGAGUCACCAGCUACGAGUUCCUGUUCCGGAAUCCCACAGUGACCAUUGGUCCCAACAAAAGUGUGACGGAGUCUGUGAUGGUUGAGUCUAAGAACUACAUGAAGCAUCUGGUGGAACAGGCCAACCUUCACUUCAUUGCUACUGGGAAGGUCAAGGAGACCGGCAAGAUCGUCACCGCCAUGAAAGUCGUCACCCUGCACAAUCCCAAACUCAUCGUCACGGUGUCUGAUGGCGGCAAAGUUAAUGAAGAGAUGACGGCAACUGUGGAGUUUACAAACCCUUUCACCUUCAGCCUGAAGGGUGUCUACAUUCGCAUGGAAGGACCCGGACUCAUGCCGCCCAAAUCCAAAUAUUACAGUCUGAUCCCAGGAAGCUCCUCCCUGACCUGGACCGAGUUUUUCACCCCUCAGAGGGCUGGCAAAAGCAGGGUGAUUGCUUCUCUGGAUUGUUCUGCUGUCAGGCAGGUCUCCGGCCAGGCGUCCGUCACCAUCGAGCCCUGAGGAUCACUGUAGGAUCACUGACGCCAGACAGCAUUCACUUAUUUA